AUGCUGGGAGACGCCAAGCAAAACAGAGACCACAUCAGGAACGCGUUGGACGCCAUCAGCCAGUCGCAGCUGCUGCCGAAGGCAAACAAAAGCGACAUCCGCAUCUACACCACGGACGACGGGCAGCAAAUCGACACCACGGACCGCGUGGUCAAGACCGUGGCCUACCCCGCCACAUUCAACCCCAGUGACAGCGACGUCUUCUUGGAGAACGGCUUGCCCAACUGCGCGUUCCUCAAGGAUCACUUCUUCAACGAGGGCCGUUUGCAAGAGCACCAGGCCAUCAGGCUCAUCCAGUGUGCGACGGCCGCCUUGUCGCAGGAGCCCAACUUGCUCUCAGUGCCAGCGCCCGUGACCGUUUGUGGCGAUGUGCACGGUCAGUACUACGACUUGAUGAAGCUCUUCGAGGUUGGCGGCGACCCCGAGCUGACCAAAUACUUGUUUUUGGGCGACUACGUCGACCGCGGCCUGUUCUCCAUUGAGUGCUUGCUCUACUUGUACUCGUUGAAGCUCACGUACCCCGAUCUGUUCUGGAUGUUGCGCGGAAACCACGAAUGCAAGCACUUGACCGACUACUUCACUUUCAAGUCCGAGUGUGUCAAGAAGUAUUCGUUGGACGUCUACGACGAGUGCUUGCAAUCCUUCAACGCGUUGCCCUUGGCCGCCAUCAUGAACAAGCAGUUUUUCUGCGUGCACGGCGGGCUUUCCCCCGAGAUGCGCUCCUUGGACGAUUUGGUGCAGCUAGACCGUUUCCGGGAACCUCCGACCAAAGGACUCAUGUGCGACUUGCUCUGGGCUGACCCGGUGGAAGACUACGAUGAGGACAACAUCGACCGCACCUUCGUGCGCAACACUGUGAGGGGCUGCUCCUACGCGUACACGUACAAGGCAGCGUGCCAAUUUUUGGAGAGAACAGGCUUGCUUUCGAUUAUCCGCGCCCACGAGGCCCAGGAUGCGGGCUACAGGAUGUACAAGCGGACCAAAACAAUGGGGUUCCCGUCGUUGUUGACGAUGUUCAGUGCCCCCAACUACUUGGACACGUACAACAACAAGGCCGCGGUGCUCAAGUACGAGAACAACGUGAUGAACAUCCGACAGUUCAACAGCUCCCCGCACCCGUACUGGCUCCCACAGUUCAUGGACGUCUUCACCUGGUCAUUGCCGUUUGUGGGAGAGAAGAUCACAGACAUGUUGCUUUCCAUCUUGAACAUCUGUACUGAAGAGGAGCUCGACGAGGAGACGCCCAUUGCUCAGCACUACGACUCUCCUCGGACUUCGCCUGUGAUGGCAAGAUCGCUAGAAUCAUUCUCCGAUGAAGCUGCGGUGCCUCCGGACCCAGAGGAGCCGACACUCGAAGAAAAGAGGCUUGCCUUGCGCAACAAGAUUCUUGCCAUUGGCAGAAUGUCGCGGAUGUUCCAGGUGUUGAGAGAAGACGCCGAGCAAGUGGAGCGGCUCAAGAACAUGAAUCAGGGCGUCUUGCCUAAGGGCUCGUUGCUGCAUGGAAGAGAGGGACUCGAGAAUGCAAUUAUGACUUUUGAGGAUGCCCGAAAGGCGGACUUGGCCAACGAGGCCUUGCCGCCUUCGAAAGAUGAGCGUGUGAAGCAGGAGGAAGAGAGACAAAAGAGAAUCAAAAAGGAGCUCGACAGCGGCACGGGCCACAACCCCGUCUUUCUGAGACUUAUAAGAAAACUUUCCGGGUGA